AUGAUGUACCUUGCAUCUGGGGACCAGGAUCAACGAGAACAGAAGCGGCAACAACGACGACUUGCCAUCCGUGAGUUCUCCGAAAAUUUCGUCUCGGUUGACUGCGUCCCAAUCCUGACAUCGACUCUUGCUCACCUGGACAACAUCCGAGGUUUCGUCCACGAUCGUUUCAAGACCAAGGCUUCGUUUGAUUUUUUGGAACCCAUCCUCAACCCUCUCGUCCGCGUUUUGGACAUGGACAAAAAUUGUACGUUCCCAAUUAAGUUCGUGUCCAAAGCGGAUAAUGACGACUCGUCCGCACAGAUCAAGCUCGGCGGCAACAAGAAAGGUUUCGAUGACUACGACGAAAUCAUAGAGAAGGCGGCAUGGACAGAGGAGAAUGAGCCUGAGCUCCUUUUCAACUUUCGCCUUCGAUACCUAGAGAAGAAUUUGGGAGUCUUUCAGCACGUUCUCAAGAUUGCACCCGAACCAGUCAGACAAGAACUCAAAGUGAGCGGGUUCGUUCAGGAGACCAGAGUUUUGCGAGAGCAUGCGAGGUCUCUUUUAACUUGUGAGGGUGUCCCACAUGUUACCGUUGCAGGGUUGGAAGAAAAGGUUGGAGAGGAAGGGAGCGACAGCUAUGUGGACAGGAAUGCAGCCCGAGAAGUUACUUUUGAAUUUUACCGUGCAUACCACUUUCGCAUUAUACUGGCGCAAUUCCAGUCUAUCCGUGUGUCUAUGGACCCGACUCAGGCAGCCCGUUGCGGACUCAGGAACGUCACAAGAGAUGCGUCGUCCAAACCUUCUCAGCCCUUGGAAGAUGAAGCGGUGGGUCCAUCGUCCUCAUCUCCUCAACACAAUUUCGUGUGGUCAAACGAGGCAAUGAUGCGAAUGGUCGAGGCUGUCACCAAUGGUCACCGAGCAAACCCGGAAUUAGCCGCCAUGUUGUUCCAGGACUAG